AUGUACAGUAAGAUCUAUUCCGACACAGCCGUAGGUACACCGGACUAUGUGUCACCCGAAGUGCUCGAUAGUCAGGGUGGCAAAGGUUACUACGGCAAGGAAUGUGACUGGUGGGCUGUGGGAAUAGUCGCUUAUGAAAUGAUGUGUGGAGACCCCCCGUUCUCAUCCGAAUCUCUG